ACUACCGAGGAGGGAAUCGCCCCCAGCCAAUUGCAGCAGUGCCCGGCCCUGCACCCCCCGCGAAGGGCACCUCGCUUAUCACGUGACCCGGAGCGCAGGGAGUUAAUCCCGGCCCCUCCUCCCCGAGCAGGUUAACCCUUUCUCUGCCAUUUAGCUGUAGCAGCCGGAGACUGGAGCGGUUGCCAUGAGAACCGCGGUCGCCCGGAUGUGAAGGAUGCCGGCCGGAGCCGCUGCCAGGGAUCGCCCGGUGCCUGAGUGAUAUGGGGGGCGGGUAGGGGGCCGGACGGGGAAGCGUGCGCUGCUUGCUGCGGGAUCUCGGCUUUCACUGACAGGGGGUGAGGAUGGAGGAGCCGGGGGAGCUCGCCGAAGGGGCGAACUAUGCAAGUGGUAAGCGACCUCCACUUGCUGUCGACGGGCCAAACCUCCAGUCCAAGAGUGCAGCACCAUCCAAGCAGACCGUCCUAUCUUGGCAAGCUGCGAUCGAUGCUGCCAGACAGGCCAAAGCUUCCCAGAAUAUGAGUGCCAGUGAGCCCCUGCCGGUUGGAUCCUUGUCCCAAAAAAAACGGCAACAGUAUGCUAAGAGCAAGAAACAAGGGGGGAGCUCCACAAACAACAGACCAGCCCGUGCCCUUUUCUGUUUAUCUCUGAAUAACCCAAUCCGGAGAGCCUGUAUCAGUAUCGUAGAAUGGAAACCAUUUGACAUAUUUAUACUAGUGGCGAUUUUUGCCAAUUGUGUGGCCUUAGCUGUUUACAUUCCAUUCCCAGAAGAUGAUUCUAAUUCCACAAACCACAACCUGGAAAAAGUAGAGUAUGCCUUUCUCAUCAUUUUUACAAUUGAAACCUUUUUGAAGAUUAUAGCAUAUGGUCUAGUAAUGCAUCCCAAUGCAUAUGUAAGGAACGGAUGGAACUUGCUGGAUUUUGUCAUAGUAAUUGUAGGGUUGUUUAGUGUAGCUUUGGAACAACUCAAUUUUGGAACCAAAGAAGCUGAAGGAGGAAACCACUCGACUGGGAAAUCUGGUGGUUUUGAUGUGAAAGCUCUAAGAGCCUUUCGUGUGCUCCGCCCCCUGCGAUUAGUGUCUGGAGUACCCAGUUUACAAGUUGUCCUGAACUCCAUCAUUAAAGCCAUGGUUCCCCUGCUGCACAUCGCUCUCCUGGUCUUGUUUGUUAUUAUUAUUUAUGCUAUUAUUGGACUAGAGCUUUUUGUGGGGAAAAUGCACAAAUCUUGUUUUUUCUUUGGCUCUGAAAUUCUAGCUGAAGAUGAACCUGCACCGUGCGCCUUCUCAGGAAAUGGGCGCAUCUGUCCUAUCAACGGCUCAGAAUGUAAGAGCGGAUGGGCUGGGCCUAAUGGCGGCAUAACCAACUUUGAUAACUUUGCCUUUGCCAUGUUAACUGUGUUCCAGUGUAUUACAAUGGAGGGCUGGACAGAUGUGUUAUAUUGGAUGAAUGAUGCUAUGGGAUUUGAAUUACCUUGGGUGUAUUUUGUCAGUCUCGUCAUCUUUGGGUCAUUUUUCGUGCUAAAUCUUGUUCUUGGUGUGUUAAGCGGUGAGUUUUCCAAGGAAAGAGAGAAGGCAAAAGCCAGAGGUGACUUUCAGAAGCUGCGGGAAAAGCAGCAGCUGGAGGAGGAUUUAAAGGGUUACCUGGACUGGAUCACCCAAGCUGAAGAUAUCGACCCCGAGAACGAGGAGGAUGGCGAUGAAGAGGGCAAGCGUAAUCCAAGUAUGCCGACCAGCGAGACCGAGUCCGUAAAUACAGAGAAUGCCGGAGCAGAGGGAGACGGUGGUGGAUGUUGCGGUAGUAUGUGUCAGUCCAUUUCCAAGUCUAAAUUUAGUCGACGCUGGCGUCGAUGGAACCGUUUUAACCGAAGAAGGUGCAGGGCUGCCGUGAAAUCUGUUUCCUUUUACUGGCUGGUUAUCAUCUUAGUUUUUCUCAAUACUUUAACCAUCUCAUCUGAGCACUACGACCAGCCUAACUGGUUGACGCAAAUACAAGAUAUCGCAAACAAGGUCCUCCUGGCCUGUUUCACCUGUGAGAUGUUGGUGAAGAUGUACAGUCUUGGGCUUCAAGCUUACUUUGUUUCACUCUUCAAUCGCUUCGACUGUUUUGUGGUGUGUGGAGGUAUCACAGAAACCAUUCUGGUGGAGCUGGAGAUCAUGUCACCUCUGGGAAUAUCUGUCUUUCGAUGUGUUAGACUUUUAAGGAUUUUUAAAGUGACAAGGCACUGGGCUUCCCUUAGCAACCUGGUAGCAUCAUUGCUGAACUCCAUGAAGUCUAUUGCUUCUUUAUUGCUCCUGCUUUUCCUCUUUAUCAUCAUCUUCUCCCUGCUUGGGAUGCAACUUUUUGGCGGCAAGUUCAACUUUGAUGAAACACAAACAAAAAGAAGCACCUUUGAUAACUUCCCCCAGUCUCUCCUAACAGUGUUCCAGAUACUAACUGGAGAGGACUGGAACGCUGUCAUGUACGAUGGGAUCAUGGCUUAUGGAGGACCGUCUUCUUCAGGAAUGAUCGUAUGCGUGUACUUCAUCAUACUGUUUAUCUGUGGUAACUAUAUUCUACUAAACGUCUUCUUGGCCAUUGCUGUGGAUAAUCUGGCAGAUGCGGAGAGUUUGAACACUGCUCAGAAAGAAGCUGCUGAGGAAAAGGAGAAGAAAAAGAGCGCCAGGAAAGAAAGUCUGGAGAACAAGGACGGAGAUAAAGGACAAAAUAAUCGGAAGAAAGAGAUUGAGUCAAAGGUGGCAGUUGAUGAAGAAAAUGAAGACGAAAAGGAACGUACAGAGCUAGAUGAGGAGGAUGAAGAAGAACCAGAAGUACCAGCUGGCCCUCGCCCACGGCGGAUGUCCGAGCUAAACAAGGAGAAGAUCACCCCAAUUCCAGAAGGGAGCGCCUUUUUUAUUUUCAGCAACACCAACCCGAUUCGGGUGGGCUGUCACAAACUCAUAAAUCAUCAUAUCUUCACCAACCUCAUCCUGGUGUUUAUCAUGCUGAGCAGCGCCUCAUUAGCGGCUGAAGAUCCCAUUCGCAGUCACUCCUUCCGCAAUAUAAUUCUUGGUUACUUUGACUAUGCUUUCACAGGAAUCUUUACAGUUGAAAUCUUCCUCAAGAUGAUGACAUUCGGAGCAUUCUUACACAAAGGCUCUUUCUGCAGAAAUUACUUUAAUUUACUGGAUUUAUUAGUCGUGGGCGUUUCAUUGGUUUCCUUUGGUAUUCAGUCAAGUGCUAUAUCUGUGGUGAAGAUCCUGAGAGUGUUGCGGGUGUUGAGACCCCUGAGAGCCAUUAACAGAGCGAAAGGGCUGAAGCAUGUCGUUCAGUGCGUGUUUGUCGCCAUUCGUACCAUCGGUAACAUCAUGAUCGUUACGACGUUGCUGCAGUUCAUGUUUGCUUGUAUUGGUGUUCAGCUGUUUAAGGGUAAAUUUUAUCGCUGUUCAGAUGAAGCAAAGCAGAAUCCGGAGGAUUGCAAGGGAAAAUAUAUUAUUUACAAGGAUGGAGACGUCAACAGCCCUGCCAUUCGUGAGCGACACUGGCAUAAUAGCGACUUCAACUUUGACAACGUGCUCUCCGCCAUGAUGGCGCUCUUUACGGUUUCCACCUUCGAGGGUUGGCCAUCACUCCUGUACAAGGCCAUCGAUUCCAACGGAGAAAAUGUUGGUCCCAUCUACAACAACAGAGUGGAGAUCUCCAUCUUUUUCAUCAUCUACAUCAUCAUUAUUGCUUUCUUCAUGAUGAACAUUUUUGUGGGUUUCGUCAUUGUUACAUUUCAAGAGCAGGGAGAGAAAGAAUACAAGAACUGCGAGCUGGACAAGAACCAGCGUCAAUGUGUGGAAUAUGCACUGAAAGCACGUCCCCUGAGAAGGUACAUCCCCAAAAACCCCUAUCAGUAUAAAUUCUGGUAUGUCGUCAACUCCACGGGGUUUGAGUACAUCAUGUUUGUUCUCAUCAUGCUGAAUACACUGUGCUUGGCUAUGCAGCAUUACGGACAAUCUAAAAUCUUUAAUGAUGUCAUGGACGUGAUGAAUAUGGUCUUCACUGCCGUCUUUACUGUAGAAAUGGUUUUGAAACUUAUAGCUUUCAAACCCAAGGGCUAUUUUAGUGAUGCCUGGAACACCUUUGAUUCCCUCAUCGUUAUUGGCAGCAUAGUAGACGUGGUCCUCAGUGAAGCUGAUCACUAUUUCACUGACGCUUGGAACACAUUUGAUGCCUUAAUUGUUGUCGGUAGCGUCGUAGAUAUUGCUAUAACUGAAGUUAAUCCACCAGAAAUUGACCCAACUGGGCCACCCACGCCAGUGCCAACUGAACAAGGCCCCACUGGGGACCCAGCGAGUUCAGAAGACAGCGCCCGCAUCUCAAUCACGUUCUUCCGACUGUUCAGAGUCAUGCGACUCGUGAAACUUCUAAGCAGAGGCGAAGGGAUCCGAACUCUGCUGUGGACGUUUAUAAAGUCCUUUCAGGCUUUGCCCUACGUGGCCCUGCUUAUUGCUAUGCUGUUCUUUAUCUACGCCGUGAUCGGAAUGCAGGUUUUUGGUAAAAUUGCCAUGAGGGAUAACACCCAAAUUAAUAGGAACAACAACUUUCAGACAUUUCCACAGGCUGUACUCCUAUUAUUCAGGUGUGCUACUGGCGAGGCCUGGCAGGACAUCAUGUUAGCCUGCCUACCGGGGAAACGGUGCGACCCAGAAUCCGAUUACAACCCUGGGGAGGAGUACACAUGUGGCAGCAAUUUUGCCAUUGUAUAUUUUAUCACUUUUUACAUGCUGUGUGCAUUUCUGAUUAUCAACCUGUUUGUGGCUGUCAUAAUGGACAACUUUGACUACCUGACCCGUGAUUGGUCCAUACUGGGUCCUCAUCAUCUGGAUGAAUUUAAAAGAAUAUGGUCUGAAUAUGAUCCAGAGGCCAAGGGAAGAAUUAAACAUCUGGACGUAGUCACUCUGCUCCGCCGGAUUCAGCCUCCCCUGGGCUUUGGGAAGUUAUGUCCACACAGAGUCGCAUGCAAGAGACUGGUUGCCAUGAAUAUGCCACUAAACAGUGAUGGGACAGUGAUGUUUAAUGCCACAUUGUUUGCUUUGGUUAGAACUGCCCUGAAAAUCAAAACGGAAGGUAAUCUAGAACAAGCCAAUGAGGAGCUCAGAGCCGUCAUCAAGAAAAUAUGGAAAAAAACGAGUAUGAAGCUGCUGGACCAAGUUGUGCCUCCUGCAGGCGAUGAUGAGGUAACCGUGGGGAAGUUCUAUGCCACCUUCCUGAUACAGGACUACUUUAGGAAAUUCAAGAAGCGCAAGGAACAAGGACUGGUGGGGAAAUACCCUGCGAAGAACUCCACUGUGGCCCUACAGGCGGGGCUGAGAACACUUCAUGACAUUGGCCCUGAAAUCCGACGUGCAAUAUCAUGUGACCUGCAAGACGAUGAACCAGAGCAGAAUAAUCAUGAAGAAGAAGAAGAAGAUGAUAUCUACAGGAGAAACGGUGGACUGUUUGGAAACCACAUAAACCAUGUGGCCAAUGACAGACAUGAUUUCUACCAGCAAACUAACACAACGCGGCGUCCUCUGCACGUCCAGCGACCGUCCAUACGCUCUGCCAGCGACACAGAUAAGUCUGUGUACUCCCACACUGGGAACUCUAUACAUCACAAUCAUCAUAACGAAUACUCUGGGAAACACGUCCAAAACUCCACAAACGCCAACCUAAACAAUGCCAACGUGUUCAAGCCUGUAAAUGGGAAACACAGCAGUCUCACAGCCCAUGACCACACAUCUGAGAAUGGCUACUACACAUACUCCAGAAAUAACUAUGAGAAACCUCGCAAAUCCAGUAUUAAAAGGACCCGCUAUUAUGAGAGUUAUAUUAGAUCGGAAUCUGGAGAAAGGAACCUGCCUGUCAUCUUCCGAGAAGAUCCCGAUUUCUUGGACUACAAUGAAGAGCCUUACUUGGGAGAACCUGAGUACUACAGUGGGGAUGAGUAUUAUGAAGAGGAUAGCAUGCUCUCUGGUAACAGGCAUAUGUAUGAGGACCCCACAUUAUACCCGGCCAACGACUUGGACUACGAGAGACCAAAAGGCUACCACCACCCGCACACCUUUUUUGAAGAAGACGAUCCCCAGAUAUGUUUUGAAUCAAGGAAAUCACCAAGACGGAGGCUCCUUCCUCCAACACCCCCGUCAAACCGAAGAUCUUCAUUUAAUUUUGAAUGCCUGCGUAGGCAAAGCAGUCAGGAUGACAUCCCUCCAUCACCAACAUUUCACCACCGUGCGGCGUUACCGCUACACUUAAUGCAGCAGCAGAUUAUGGCGGUGGCCGGUCUGGAUUCCAGCAAAGCUCAGAAAAAUUCUCCGUGUCGCUCCACGCGAUCCUGGGCCACUCCCCCAGCAACUCCCAACAGGGACCGCUCUUCAUUCUACACCCCUCUCAUCCGCGUAGACCGUGCUGAGUCCAGGGAGCAGAUGAAUGGCAGUUUACCGUCCUUGCAGAGAAGCUCAUGGUACACAGACGAUACUGAUAGUUCAUAUAGGACAUUUACACAAUCCAACCUGACUGUACCCAGUGACUUCAGGAACAAACACAGCGACAAGCAGAGGAGUGCAGACAGCCUUGUGGAAGCUGUACUAAUCUCUGAGGGUUUGGGGAGAUACGCUCGGGAUCCCAAGUUUGUGUCGGCCACAAAACACGAGAUCGCAGAUGCCUGUGACAUGACUAUAGAUGAGAUGGAAAGCGCAGCCAGCAACCUCCUCAACGGCAGCAUUCGUAACGGAACAGCAGGGGGCGAUAUGUUCCCUAUCCUAAGCAGGAAAGACUAUGAUCUCCAGGAUUUUGGCCCGGGGUACAGUGAUGAGGAGCCAGAGACCAAUAAAUAUGAAGAAGAUCUAGCUGAUGAAAUGAUUUGUAUAACAACUUUAUAGUAUUUAAUGAAGAUUUACAGAAACACUUAGGGUUCUAUAAAACAAAAAAGUGCCUCAAUUAAUGAUGCGUGGCACUACAAGGGAGCAAAGACUGUCUGAGCUUUGUGUGGUCACACGUGGAACAAGCCAUGGAUACCCAUGGGUGCAACUUCCAGGACAUCUGCUGCUGUCAGGCUGCAGCUCCCAGUAUCCUGGCUUUGGAUGAGAGCAUAUGUACAUAUUUCUCAGCUGGGGCACCACAGUUGUGCGUGGUGAAGGAUGAUGGUCAAACCAUAUUGUGUUAUAUAUGAACAGUAUGCCGCAUGUUGCACCUGAAUCAGUGAUGCAGAUAUGUGAUGUCUGGUGAUGACAAUCAAAACGCCCUGGUCAUUACCCUCAGCCAUACACGCCAUAUCAGAUACUUGCUUGUUUACCAAAUCCGGUCAGUUUUAUCAUGUCUUUAACCUCAGUCAACUGGAGGGCCACAGUGGCCAAUCACUGUUGGCUUCUGCAAUUGCACCCUCUCUUCUAGGGCGUUGGCUUAUAGCCUGCGCAGAACGGGAUCAGUACCCCAGGUCCAGGAUGAUCAUUCCUGAAUAUUGUAGCGUUAGAUUACAUAGUAGAAAUAUCAUUUUAAUAGUCAAUUUUUUUUGACUAUCACGUAAAGGGCAAAAGACACUGGAAUAGCUGCAAUUAAUGCACUGACAACCAGAUAAAAGUUGAUAGUUGUUUUAAAGACAAUUUAGAUUUUCUGUAAAUGACCUGUAAUAUAUUCUAAUUUGUAUUUGUAAAGAGAUGUUCUAUAUUUUGUAAUCAUUUCCGGUACAUUGAACUACAGCAAUAUCUAAUGGUUUCUGAUUUAAUGUAGUUCUCCACACAGAAAUAUAAAUGCAAUUAUUUUUUUUUCCUGGAUUUCCAUAGAGAUGUAGAACAAUAUAUUCGUAGUCACGCACACAAAAAAAAUGAAAUUGUUUUGAAAUUAAAAUUUGUCAGAUUUUUACAGCAAAUAUUUUAUGUCAAAUUUAAUAUAUCUUUAAGAAAAAUUUUAAAAACGAUGCCGCUAUUAGAACAUUUAUUAAAUGUAUUUUUUCUUUUUUUUUAUGUGACAGUGAGCUGUGAAUCUCUUUCUAAUCUGCAAUGAAACAUUUACCAAAAAUUCACAAAAUAUUUUGUAGUGAUUUUCCUUAGCAUUUAAAGUAUUCUCUUGUAAAGUAGGGUCCCAAAACAAGGUUUGGGUUUUUUGGGGGGGCUCCAGGGUACAGUUUUAAGUGUAUUGGUCCCUGAAAAGCACUCAUUCUAUUACAUUCCAAUACAGUUAUACAGGGCUCUACCACGUUGGUUGACAAAUACACAUUUCGAAGUCCACACCCUAUACAAGGAAUCGUGUUAUAUUUUAAGAGCUGUGAAUGCCAAGUCUUUAGCACAUUAAAAAUAUACUCUGCACUGAAAUUACCUUGCAUAGUCCAAAUACUGUGAUAUUUUAAAGGUGCAAGCCAUCUUCCUAUCGUAUACCAAUUUGUUUGUGCAGGCAGACACGACAACACCACAGCCUGCUAUUAGGCUGAACUGCAUUAGAAAAAAGCUCGCCAAGUUUUCUGAAUCAUAGCUAGCUACAAACGUAUUUGAUGACUUUUCAUAUUAUGAGAAGAGUCAAGAGGAAGAGGACAGUGUCAAGAAGGUGAUCUAUAUUAUCCCACUACGGAAUUGAUUAUAAUACAGGUUGCUCUACAUUGGUCGUUUCAUUCAGGUAACACAAACUGCAUAAUAAUCCAAACAGAGUGGACAAAUAAUUGGACAUGAGGACCACGAAAAGUAGAUAUACUGUGGACUUAGUGGGUAGAGUACAUACCAUAAAAUAAAUAUAUAUAUAAAAAAAAAUCACAUCUACAAACUGGUACAAGUUAUGGAAAGAGCACUACUACAACAAGUAGAUGCGGCUGCACCUGUGAAAUAUAACUUUUUAUAAACUGUAUGCACUAUGUACAGAGAGGGUAGGCGGAUUUGAUGGCUUGCAGAAGUGGAGGAGCUAAAGGAGGAACUUAGGUAAUUGUUUAUUGGAUAACAUGUAUGUCUCUUAUUUUCUUGUGAGGCAUCACUUUAAACACAGAAUAUACAGGAUUACCAGACAUCAUGCCUGAACCAAUAAACUUCUUUUCUACGGUG